AUGCUGACGGCGCCGGUUUCGCCAGAGGAGGUGCUUCAGAAGAUGAUGCACGACGGCGUGUUUGAUUCGUUAAAGAACCGGAUCCUGCUCGAUCUCAAGCACAAUGAAGGAGCUGCAGCAGCGCUUAGCAGUGCACAGCUAUGUUGGGGCACAGCAGCAAAGACCUACCUGCUCACGACGACUCCCCAAUUCCCCUCUCCCCCCUCCACACCUUCGCCUCCUCUUCCCCCCCCACUUCUCUCCCCCGCCAUAUUAACAGGAGGAGCUGCAGCACAGGAGGAGCUGCGGCAGUACACGGCCAAGCUGGAGGAGCUGCGGCAGUACACAGCUAAGCUGGUGCAGGGCAGCGAAACCCUCUCUGCUCACGACGCUCGCACACGGAACCGGCGAGAGCUGUUUGAAGCUCUGCGGAAAGAACUAGAGGCUCCGGUGGUGGAAAAGGCAUCUGGGUUCGCAUGGUCCCUCAUGCUCUCGCCUCUCUCAGGGGGCGUUGGGGAGGAAAUCCAUUCGCGAGUCGAAGAGACCUUCACUCGCCUGCACGCCGAGAAGGCGGCCAGUGACUCGCUGACACGUGGCGGCGGCGGUGGCGGUGGGGGUAGCUUUGAGGAAGCGGUGGUGGCAGCGGGGGAAGCAACGGGAGAGGCAAUGGCGGCAGCGGCACGCGUGGCAGCAGCGGCGGGUUUCGGGCCGAGGAAAGGCGGGGGCGUUGCUGCUGCGGGACGGGGAGGGGGUGGGGAAGGGGGAGUGGGAAUUGGGGGAGCUUCUGCUGUGGAUGAGGGAGAGGGAGCGGGAGGGGAAAAAGGGGUCGGUGGUGCUGGGAAGGGGGGUGUUGCUGCUGGUGACGCAGUCAAGGCAGAUAUUAAGGCAGAGACUAAGGCAGAGGGGCCGCAUGGUGGGCCUGUGUUGCCUGGUAUCAGGUGGGGAGGGGUUGGGAGGGAUUUGGGACGCGGUGGGGAGUGGGGAGUGGCAGGGGAGUGGGGAGGAGGAGAGGGGGCGCUGGAGAGGAGGAGCAGUAGGGAGGGACCGGCUGUAGCGCCGUCCUCUGCCGCGGCUACAGCCGGAGGAGGAGCAGGAGCCGGAUCUGGAGCUCCGGGUUCUGGUGUCUCCAGGUCCGGAACCAGCCUCGGGGCAGGAGGCUCGGGAGGGUUUGGUUCGAACCUGGCGCCGUUUCAUGGUCCGGGAGGGGCGCAAGCAGCAGUGGCAGCAGCAGCAGCAGUAGCAGCGGCUGCAGCGGCAGCAGCAGGGGCAGCAGGAGGGGCAGGGGGGUCAGGCGGGGGUUAUGGUCCUGCUGCUGCUGCUGCUGCCGCUGCUGCAGCUGCUGCAGCAGCCGAAGCGUAUGGGUAUUCGGGAGGGAUGGGAGCAGCUGGGGGAGGGUUUUCUGGGGGAGGUUAUAUGGGUCGGGGUAUGUCCAUCCAGCACCUGCACUUUGGUAUGGGUCGAACCCCGCCCUCUUGGUUCGGGUCAGGUUCGGCAGCAUGGGCGGCACAGUUCCAGGCCUUGCAGAUGGGUCGGGGAGCUGGGAACGUUGGGGGGUUUGGUUCGGGUGGGAUGGGAGGUAUGGCAGGAGGAGGGCAGCUAGGCUCGGCAGGCUAUGGUUCGGCAGGGUAUGGCUCGGCAGGCGAAUGGGGUACUCCAGGAGGGGGUAAUCCGCAUGGCCACGUGUCAUCAGCUCAUCCUAGUCAUACAUCUGCCCAGAUGACGUCACCUCGUGCUGUCGCUGACGCAGCAGGGGGAGGAGAACCCAGAUACACGUCAGCACGAGGUGGCGAGAGGAGGACGAGUGGAUUGCAGGCUGUUUUGGGCGGAGGGGGCAGCGGAGGGGGCAGCGGAGGGGGCAGCGGAGGGGGCAGCGGAGGGGGCAGCGGAGGGGGCAGCGGAGGGGGCAGCGGUGGGGGGAGUGGUGGUGGACGGGAUGGGGAGGAUAGAGGGAAGGGCAGGAAGGAUGGGGCUGAAGCUGCUGGCCCUGCUUCUGCCGCUCUUGACGCCAGUGCUGCUGGUGCUUCUUGUGGUGGAGCUGUUACUGGUGCCACUGGCGCUGCUGCAGUGUGUGCAUCACCAAGCGGGGGGGAGCAAGGCGACCUACGCAAGUCCACCAGCAGAGACAUUGUGGGCAAGGCAGCAGCAGGAGCAGCAGGAGCAGGAGCAACAGCAGCAGAUGGCACAGCAGCAGAGCCAUGGGACGCGCAUUUCAAGGGUUCAGCUACACCCCGAUUCCACCCUGGCACGGAGCCUGGAAGAGAGCAGGAUGGAGGGCGGGAGCAGGGCGAGGGGCAGCUGAAGAGGAGAGGAUCCGUUGGCAGUGCCGUUGGCCCUGCCAGCGGUAGUGGGGCUGGUGGCGUUGGUGCUGGUGCUGGUGGUGCUGCUGGUGUUGGUGGUUCUGGGAUUGGUGUGAUAAGUGGUGGUGCUGGUGGUGGAGGCAGUAAGGAGAGUGGGCCGAGUGCAAAAGGAGAGAGGGUCGAGGGUGGUGUUGCAAGGAAGAAGGAGGUGGGGCACAAAGCCCCGGUGAAAGCGCAGCCGGUGAAAGCGCAGCCGGUGAAAGCGCAGCAGAAGGAACAACAGGUGAAAGCACAGGGAAAGGAGCACCAGCAGAAGGUGCAGGGGAAAGAGCAGAAAGAAGCAGGCAAGCAGCAGCAACAGCUGGCCAAGGCCAAGGAAGAGCCGAAGAAGUUGCAGCAGCAGCAAGCAAAGGGAGAACAUAGGGCUGAAGGGAAAGGGAUGGAGAAGGAGGUUAAGGUGAAGUCAGUUACAGUAGCAGCAGGGAAGGAUGAGGCACCGCCACAACAAGCAUUGCAGCUGCUCAUAGGGAAGCGACCUAGCAAGUGA